AUGGCUAGUUCACUUGUGCUCUCUCAACAAAUCAAAGACAGGGGACACCUACAGUCAACCCUCGAGAGGGCGAAGGCCCUAAUCCACCGGGACCCACGCCUCUCGGUCACCGUGUUUCUCAUCAAGCCCCCGUUCGAACCCAACGGCUACAUCCCAUCCUCGUACGGUUCCGACCCGAGAAUCCUCUUUGUCGACAUCCCGAAAGUCGAGCCAUCUCCAGGCCCACUGGUCUCGUUCGUCCCUUUCAUCACCCGAUACAUCGACGGCCACAAGGACCACGUGAGAAACGAGGCGGCCCAAUUAAUGGCCCGGCCCGCUGGAUUCAUCGUCGACAUGUUCUGCACGGGCAUGGCUGACGUGGCUCGUGAGCUCGCCGUCCCCACGUACGUGUACUUCACGUCGAUUACGAGGAUCAAGAUCUGA